AUGAGCUACUCUCAUCAAAGCAUGGGUUCUGGUAGUAGAAGUGCGAGGGGAUAUGAGUUUGGAAGGACUUAUGUUGUGAGGCCUAAAGGAAAGCACCAAGCUACUAUUGUUUGGUUGCACGGUCUUGGAGACAAUGGCUCUAGCUCAUCUCAGCUCUUGGAGAGCCUGCCUCUUCCAAACAUAAAAUGGAUUUGCCCAACUGCUCCUUCACGUCCUGUUUCACUUUUGGGUGGAUUUCCCUGCACUGCUUGGUUCGACGUGGGAGAAAUUUCAGAGGAUCUUCAUGAUGAUAUAGAAGGCUUAGAUGCUUCUGCUGCACAUAUUGCUAAUCUCUUAUCAACUGAACCAACAGAUGUCAAAGUUGGGAUAGGAGGUUUCAGUAUGGGUGCAGCAAUAGCUCUCUACUCCACGACUUGCUACGCUCUCGGCCGUUAUGGAACUGGACAUCCUUAUACUAUCAACCUACGAGCUACUGUUGGACUCAGUGGUUGGCUUCCCGGUUGGAGGAGCUUAAGGAGCAAAAUAGAAAGUUCGAAUGAAGCUGCAAGGCGUGCUGCAUCAAUACCAGUCAUACUUGCACAUGGAACUUCGGAUGAUGUAGUUCCUUAUAGAUUUGGAGAAACAUCCGCUCAUUCACUUGCCAUGGCUGGAUUCCGACAAGUUAUGUUUAAACCGCAUGAAGGGCUUGGUCACUAUACGGUUCCCAGAGAAAUGGAUGAGGUCGUUCACUGGCUCGCUUCAAGGCUUGGUCUUGAGGGUUCUCGUUAA